AGGAGGCUCAGACAUGGCUGAUGUUCACAUGUUCACAUGUUCAUAUGAUCAUACGUUCAUAUCAGACCAGCAGCUCCUCUCUGCUCUCCCGGGCCCCGCACUGCAGCCGCCGCUCACGCAUGCCGGCGGGGGGGACUCGAACAGAGACAAACACGUGGAGUCCCUCACGUCGCGUCAACACGGAGGUUAUCGACGAUCGAUUGGUCGGGAUCGUGUCCUUCACGGUGCGACGAGGGGAAGUUAAACCCGAUCAUUGUUUUUACACGUUUUAUAACAACGUUGCACAGAAUAACACACACACACACACCCCUGCUUCCUUGUAUGGAGAUACAAAUUGAAGUAAGGUUGUUGCACACACGCACACACACCCCCUCCUCCCCCGUCCCACUGGUGGUGCCCCCCCUUCAAUGAAAUCAACUUUAAAAGACAACACACAGACGAAGCUUGGAUGUGGCAUUUGUCAGAUUUCAGACUCCACCACCGGCACAUCCAUGUUGUUGUUGUUGUCGGACACGGAGGAAGAGGAGGGUGAGGAGGAGGAGGAUGAUGAUGAUGCCGCCGCCUUGUGGAUCCGUGCGCGGAUGAUGUCAUGCCUCCUCGCGCCCCACGUGGGGGCCGUCGCUCUCCGAUAGGCAGACGUGACCGGGCUCCCUCCGCAGUAAUCCGAUUGGACGGAUCGCGCCGCUUUCACGGGCAGCUCGGCCCCUUCCUCGCCUUGUGCCUGUGUGUGGCAACCGGAGUAAAGCUGGACGACCGAGGGGGGGAAACGCGAGAUCGUGGAGAGGACCGUGUUACGCUUUUAAAGAAUCCACCGAGCCCGCUCCAGUCGGAAGACAGGAUUCUGGAGGCGUACUUUCCGAUUUUCUUCCUCCUCUUUUCUGCGGGAUUAAGCAGCGACAGAGAGGCGCACAUUCCUCGGAGGUAGAAAGUAGUUUAUUCGAGCACGACCGCGCCAACGUUCCCCUCCGCCAGUGUGGCCCGGGUGCGCUCCGGAGAGGGAGAGGAUGCUUGUCUGGAUCCAGCUCGCUCACGUUGGAUUAAAUGCAUGAAUUACAGCCGGCUCUGCUGUUUGCCUUCUUCUUCAGGAAUACAAAAAAGUCGGACGGACGAUCAGCGCGCGCGGGAUUUUCUCGACCUCCCCUGCCCCCCACCACCCCCUCUCUCUGAGCACAUCUGAAAACCCAUCUUUCCCCAAAACGACCUGCACACUGGAGACAUAAACAAAGGAGAGGGUUUUUAUUUCCCCCCCACAAGAUGUAUCCACAAGGCCGACAUCCGCCUCCACAUCAGCCCGGUCAGCCUGGCUUCAAAUUCACCGUAGCAGAGUCUUGUGACAGGAUUAAAGAUGAAUUUCAGUUCCUGCAAGCCCAAUAUCACAGUCUCAAGGUGGAGUAUGACAAACUGGCCAAUGAGAAGACGGAGAUGCAACGCCACUAUGUCAUGUAUUAUGAGAUGUCCUACGGGCUCAACAUAGAGAUGCACAAACAGACGGAGAUUGCCAAACGGCUCAACGCAAUUUUAGCUCAAAUUAUGCCUUUCCUGUCUCAAGAGCACCAACAGCAGGUUGCUCAGGCAGUGGAGCGGGCAAAGCAGGUGACUAUGACUGAGCUGAAUGCUAUCAUCGGGGUACGUGGACUUCCCAAUCUGCCUCUCACCCAGCAGCAGCUCCAGGCACAGCACCUCUCCCAUGCGGCUCACGGGCCUCCGGUCCAGCUGCCACCUCACCCCUCAGGCCUGCAGCCGCCCGGCCUCCCGCCUGUGACGGGCGCUGGAUCAGGCCUGCUGGCACUUGGCGCACUGGGCAGCCAAGCCCACCUCCCCGUGAAGGAUGAGAAAAACCAUCACGAUCUGGAGCACAGAGAGAACGCGAAUAACUCAAUAUCCCCAUCAGAAAGCUUACGCACAGCCAGCGAGAAGCACCGCAGCUCCUCUGACUACAGUUUGGACUCGAAGAAACGCAAAGUGGACGAGAAGGACAGCAUGAGCAGAUAUGACAGUGACGGAGAGAAAAGUGAUGACCUGGUGGUAGAUGUGUCUAAUGAGGACCCCACCACUCCGCGGGCAAGCCCGGUGCACUCUCCACCUGAAAAUGGCAUUGACAAGCCCCGCCCUCCAAAGAAGGACACACCCAACAGCCCUGCAUCAGUGGCAUCGUCUGGAAGCACCCCGUCGUCUAAGGCCAAGGAGCUCAGUCAUAAUGACAAAUCCUCCACGCCUGGCCUCAAGUCCAACACUCCCACCCCUCGCAACGAUGCCCCCACCCCAGGCACCAGCUCCACUCCCGGCCUCAGACCCAUCUUGGGCAAACCCCCAGGCAUGGAGGCUCUCGCACCAGCUUUGCGUACCCCUCUGUCCAUCGCAGGCUCUUACCCUACCCCCUUUGCCAUGAUGGGCCAUCAUGAAAUGAAUGGAGGUCUGACUAGUCCUAGUGUAUAUGCUGGUCUGCACAUCUCGCCUCAGAUGAGUGCUGCAGCAGCUGCAGCCUAUGGACGCUCCCCUAUGGGGUUUGAUCCUCACACCCACAUGAGAGCACCAGGCCUUCCAGCCAGCCUCACAUCCAUUUCUGGGGGGAAACCGGCUUACUCCUUCCACGUUAGCGCAGAUGGUCAGAUGCAGCCUGUGCCCUUCCCACCUGAUGCCCUGAUUGGCCCCGGUAUUCCUCGCCACGCCCGUCAGAUCAACACACUGAGCCACGGCGAGGUGGUGUGCGCUGUUACCAUCAGCAACCCUACACGCCACGUCUACACUGGUGGCAAAGGCUGCGUCAAAAUCUGGGACAUUAGCCAGCCCGGCAGCAAAAGUCCUGUGUCCCAACUGGACUGUCUGAACAGGGAUAACUACAUCCGCUCUUGUAAGCUACUGCCUGAUGGUCGCACAUUGAUUGUUGGAGGCGAGGCCAGCACAUUGACCAUCUGGGAUCUGGCCUCUCAGACACCCCGCAUCAAGGCUGAGCUCACCUCCUCAGCCCCGGCCUGCUACGCCUUGGCCAUCAGCCCUGACGCCAAAGUCUGCUUCUCUUGCUGCAGUGAUGGAAACAUCGCCGUUUGGGACUUGCACAACCAGACUCUCGUUAGGCAGUUCCAAGGUCAUACGGAUGGUGCUAGCUGUAUCGACAUAUCCCAUGAUGGCACAAAGCUGUGGACAGGCGGUCUCGACAACACUGUUCGCUCCUGGGAUCUGAGGGAGGGACGACAGCUGCAGCAGCAUGAUUUCACAUCACAGAUCUUCUCCUUGGGCUACUGUCCGACCGGAGAGUGGCUCGCUGUGGGUAUGGAGAGCAGUAACGUGGAGGUGCUUCACCACUCAAAGCCUGACAAAUAUCAGCUCCACCUGCACGAGAGCUGCGUCCUCUCUCUCAAGUUCGCCUACUGUGGUAAAUGGUUUGUAAGCACUGGGAAGGACAAUCUGUUGAAUGCUUGGAGGACUCCUUAUGGCGCCAGCAUAUUCCAGUCCAAGGAAUCCUCAUCUGUCCUGAGCUGUGACAUCUCGACAGACGACAAGUACAUUGUGACAGGCUCUGGUGACAAGAAGGCCACUGUGUAUGAAGUGAUCUACUAGAGCGGACUGCUUUGGAUCAGAGCAUGUUCAUGCUCAGGAACAACAGACUCCAUCUACCUUCCCUCACAAAGACAGCAUGGAUGUUGCCUGCAGCCCCGGGGGGGGGUUGGGCAGGAGGUUUGGCAGUGCCAGACUGAAAUGGACGUCGGUGCCCAUGUGGCCCUGGAUGCCGUGUCCUUCGGCUCUGCCCUUCCUCACUUGUACAGCGAGUGCAGAUCCCCAAGGCACUAAGAAGAAAAUAAUGUCUUGCUGUUUUUCUGUUUGUUGGAUAUUUCUUUUUUUAUUCGUCCUUUUUAAUGUGGAGAUAAAGUUCCAUGACACAACUAGAAGCGGUGCUUCAUUUGGAGCUUAUCCUUGGAGGUCCUGUGAAAAGUGUACAUAAUGGAGUAAUAAAAGGCCUUUUAUAGAUUUA